AUGAGAAUAUAUUCGAGCCUGUGGAACGCUGACGAUUGGGCAACCAGAGGCGGUGCAGUGAAGAUCGAUUGGAGCAAAUCCCCAUUUGUGGCCUCCUAUGGAAAUUUCAAAGCAGAGUCAUGCUCUGCCUCCUCUGAUUGCUCUGUGAAUUCAUGGUACGCUGCAGAAGCAUUGGAAUCGAAUGAGCAACAGAAACUUCAAUGGGUGCGCAACAACUAUAUGAUUUACUGUUAUUGCACAGACAGUAAAAGGUUUCCACAGGGUUUCCCUCCUGAAUGCGCCCGCCAGGGUUCCAACUGA